AUGUCGCAGAAUCGUGGUAAUGUUAUGGCAAUGGCAGCUAGUAUAAAAAAUAUUCCCUUUCAUGCCUUCAAUGUCCAUGAUAACUGUGGUGAGUGGUGUGGUUAUUUAAGAAAUAAAGAAAAUUACGAACACCGAACAGUAAGGGGAGGUUUAAAAAAUGGAAUACUAUUUGAAGAACUGAAAACUGUUUUCCAAAAAUUAUCUGACAACGCUGAGGCUUUCGUAUGUUGCGGUUCCACACAAGCAAACGAGAGUUUAAACAAUAUAAUAUCUAAAAAGGCACCAAAAGCUGUACCAUACGACUGCUCGGAAUCAUACGAUUAUCGAGUGGCUAGUUCUAUAGCGCAGAAAAAUGAAGGUGAAAAGUAUCUUCAAGAUGCACUGCUGAAAUGGAAUUUAAGUCCUGGAUCUCACCUAUCCAAACAUAUCGAACAAGUCACAAAAUCUGCCAAAAUGCGAUCUGAGAAAGCUAAAACGCCAGCUUUCAAAUUACAUCGACAUACUCUUAAAAAAAAUCGAGCUCAGUUGAGAAAUCUACGUGAGACUAUGGAAGGACAAACUUACGAGAGUAAUAUUGGAUUAUUCAAGGCGCCUUCGGCUAUUACUACCGAUACUAGUACUACUAGCAGUGAACUUGAAGAUCGUAUUAAAAAUCAGGCUCAACAUUCUAUAGCAAUAGUUUUUUUCGAUAUUGAAACCAGUGGCUUUUCUAUGACUGACGAUAUUCUGCAAGUAGCUAUGAAAUAUAACAAUACAGUCUUUAAUAAGUAUGCUAAUUCCACUAAACGUAUUAACGCAAAAGCUUCUGUAAUACAUGGAUUAUCAAAUGAAGGCAGUGAUUUAUAUUUUCGCGGAGUAAGAGUGGAAUCGUCGCCUAUAAGAUUACUUUUAAAUGAUUUGUUAGCCUUUUUAAAUGCUAUAAACAAGCCCUGUAUACUUGUAGCGCAUAAUUGCAACUUUGACUCUUCACGUCUUCUAUUAAAAAUAAAAGAAGCUUCUUUGAUAGAAGAAUUUAGCAAAAUAGUUAUAGGAUUUACUGAUAGCUUAAGUUUGUUCAGAAAGCAAUUUCCUGAUAGAAAAGUAAAAGGCGCUUUUAAAUUAACUACAUUAGCUGGACAGUUAAUGAAUUUAUCUAUAAAAGAUGCGCACAAUGCGAUAUGUGAUGUAAUACUAUUAGAAAAAUUAGUUCGUAAAUUUAUUUCAUAUGAUGAUUUAGUACAAAAUACAAAAAGUGUUAUUUCUCUUACAGAAUCUAUGGAUAAAGAGAAAAAUUGUCAAAUUUACCUAAAAAGUUUAAAUCCUCUUGUAGAGGUAGUAUCUAAAGCAAUGUUAAAAAGAAUGGCCUAUAGCGCUAUAUCUUAUGAGUCUAUCUUAUGCGAGUACCAAAAAAGUGAAAAACAUGUGAUUGAUUUACUCGAGCAAAGAGUUAAAGGAAAAGCUCAAGUCAUAAAGAGUAAAAAAGUAUUAAAUACUAUUUUAAGUUACUUAAGUAAAAGAUAA